GCUGCUUUCCCGCGAGACGCUUCACCGCAAUAAGCCCUCAUUUGCGCGGGAAGCAAUGCCGUGCGAUAGAAGCCUCCGUCGCUUGAGUGUCUUCUAUUUAUAGUUGCUCUGUCGGCGGUCUGCAUAGCAUAGGAUUUAUAGCAAUGCGCGUCUUAAGGUCCGGCCGAUCUCUACCGGCGCCCCAGCCGAAAACCCUAAUUUCUACACCGGAGACUUUCACUCCGUCUGAGAAUGAUUCGUCUCUAAAUUCUUCUGCGGCCGCUGCUACCGCCUCGGUGGCCAACUUCCGAUGCCCAAGUAGUUUGAGCUUGGCUAACAGCGUCUUUUCGCCGGUCAGCGUUGCGGCUGAUGAAGGCUGCCCCGAGAGGAAGCGCUCAAAAAGGGUUUCCGUUGCUGGUUGUUCUUCUGAUGUGAGGGAGGAGCGGUACUUGAAGUUACGGUCUAGUUCGCGGGUUUCCCAACGAGGGUUCAGUAAAGGUUCCGAUUUUGUCGAGAAACUAGAGGAUAUGGCAGGGAGUUUCAAAGAAGGCGGGUUAGAUGAGGGGGUGGAGGAAAAAGUGGAGUUAAUGAGAGGCAUGGUUGAUAAUGGUUUCAAAGCUAUUGAAUCAUCGACCAUGCAUGCAGAGGGGACAGCUCGUUAUGUCGAUCGGAAUUUGGAGUUGGGAGAGAAGAAGGGAAAUGCUUAUGACGCAGCGCCGAAGGAAGUUGGCUAUAUGAACUUGCGAUCGGGGUCAAGAGUUCCUAAGAGAAAGAUAGGAGAUGGGUUUGUUUCUUCCAUUUUGGUUAGUGAGCAUGUUGAUAGUUUUUCCUGUAGAGAAGUAAAAAGAAUGCAGGGGUUUUCUUCUCAGUGUGAAUGCAUUGAGAAAUCUGGUGAUAAAAUGUUUAGCAGUGCUGGGGGAAUAGCUUCAGAGGGUGCUGAUGGAGUAAGAUGUAGUGAGGGAAAUAGGAUGAAUGAUGGAUUAAUUGUUGAGGCGGAUCAAUUGGACUUGGGUUUGGCUGGGAUUUUUUUGGGUGCUAAUGGAAUUGAUGAUGUUGGAGUAAGGAAUUAUGAGAGUAGUGGAAUUAGAUUUUGUAGCAGAGAAGAUGCAAGGAUGGGCAAAUUGAUUUUGGAAGAUCCGAUGCCAAUUAUUAUGUCUAACGUUGAUUUGAAUGCUGAUCCAAUUCCUGAAUUUCUCCAUGAAAAUUUGCCAGUUUUGGAUGGGGGGACAUGUCAGAGGAGGCCCAGGAGAUAUAGCAGGGAAGAGAAAGGGAAGGAGAAGUUAGCUCCCAAAAAACUUAAGGUUGCUGAUGGAGAACAAGUUUCUGCUAAAGAAGUAGAAUUCACCAUUGUUGGUGGGCUGGGGAAUCAGAAGACUGGAAGUAGCCAAGAAAAGUCCAGGUCUAGGCGAGAGGCUGCCAGAAAAACUGCUAUAGAGUUUGCUUCUGUAUUUGCGUUCUUUAAAGCAGAGGAAGAAAGAACUGAAGAAGACGAUGAAGCUGAUGAUUCAAUGCCUCAUGCAAAUGAAGAAGAAGAUUGGCCAGGGCCUUUCUCUACUGCCAUGAAGAUCAUUGAAGAGCGAGAACAAAUGCUAAGAGCACGUAACUUAAACUUUUCUUCAGUGAAAGAUGGAGAAGCGGAAGCCAAAAUUCCUUGGACGCCUUCCAAUAUGCGGAGGCAUAUCACCGUGGGAAAAAUAGUUCCCCCAUUGAAGGACUUAUGCUUGAAAGUUCUCUGUGAGAAUGCAGAAGAGAUUGAAUCACUUGAAGGUCUGCCUGAUGCUAUCAAGCAUAACAUUGCAUUGAUGCUAUGCAAUUCGAGGAGGAUGUCUUCUCAUUUCCUUGGUCUUCUUACCAAGGGUUCCCCCUUAGAGAUUUACUUGAGCGAUUGUUCAUGGGCGACAGAUAAGUUGUUUGUGGAAGUUUUUUCUCAAUGCAAUAUUGAUAAUUUGAAGGUGUUGCAGCUGGACUUCUGUGGUCGUUGCUUGCCUGAUUAUGUAUUGCAUUCUACAUUCGCAAAGGCUCCAAAGUGUUUGCCUUCGCUUAAUAGACUGUCUUUAAAGGGAGCAUACUGUCUAUCAGAUGGUGGCUUAGAUGCAAUUGCUGCUUCAGCUCCUCUCUUAACGUCUUUAAAUUUGAGUCAAUGUCCCCUUAUAACAUCUAAGGGAAUCCUUGCGUUAGCUGAAAAGUUGGAAGCAGUUUUGCAAGAACUUUAUAUAGAUGUUUGCCACAAUGUGGAUGCAAUGUUGAUUUUGCCUGCGUUGAAGAAGCUCAAGUGUUUGGAUGUUUUAUCUGUAGCUCAUAUGGAAACAGUUACUGAUAAAUUUUUAAAGCAUCUGAUUCCUAUUUCUGGUCCAAAAUUGAGGGUGCUUAUCGUUGCUGGUUGCCAUAAAUUGACUAAUGCCUCAAUGAAAGUUAUUGGUGGAAGUUGCCCUCGUCUUUCUUUUCUUGAUGUCCGUUACUUGGACCGACUAAAUGAUUCUGCAAUACAACAUCUUGUCAAUGGUGGUUGUCCAUUUCAAAGGCUCAAGCUUUGUCAUGGUGCAUUCAGUGAUGAAGCUUUAGCUGCCUUCCUAGAAGUAUCUGGUGCAACAUUGGUUGAACUUGUACUCAAUAAUAUUGAAAAGCUUGCAGGAAACACUGCUCUAGCUAUUUCUCGCAGGUGUUCUCUAUCGUUGAGAAGCCUGGAUCUUUCUUUCUGCCGCAAGAUGUCUGAUGAGGCUCUUGGAUUGAUUGUUGACAGUUGCUUGAACUUAAAAAUUCUAAAACUAUUUGGAUGCACCCAGGUUACCAAUGUUUUCUUGGAAGGGCAUUCAAAUCCUCUUGUAAAGAUAAUUGGUCUGAAGGGCUCAAUCUUAGAUGAAAUAGAGGUUCCUGAUUUCAGUUAAAAUCCUUCUAAACUUAGUUGAAUACAAUGACCUGCUCACCAAGUAAAUUUGUAAAAGAAUCUCUGUUUUGUUAAGGGAACUUUGCCAAGAAAUAUAUAGGGAAGUAAUCUACUUUUUGGUGCAUGGUAAUGACUGGGAUCUAGUCACACGUGCACCGUUCUUUUCACAUGCGUUAGUUUAAUAGUGGGUUGCCUGUACAUGUGGGAUUUCAUUUUUAAUUCCGAAUAUAUUAUAUUUCAAGGUA